AUGAAAGAUCGUCAAGAAACGAGUAACCUGGCGCAGGUCAAGCAAGUGUUUUGGCAAGGAACUCACAAAAAUAUCAUCGUAAGGUUCCAUGCAGAUACAGACAUUGAGCCAUGCCUAGGUACACACAUGUGGAACCGUUUUUUGAAACCCGUUCUAUACACCAACAAUGAACAACGCUCUAUUCUCUACGAAUACAACUACGCAAGGUUCGAAAAUCCCAUCAAGCAUCAAUGGAACGAAGGCAAACCAAGCGACAAAAUCAAAAACCUCCAAAUCUCAGAGGACUUUGAAGUGGUAACGCCAUACCCACGUCCAGGACCCGCGCCUCUCCCAACUAUGGACUUGAAGUGGGCUAUAGCGGUCAAAAAGCAGCCUCCCCCUCUUGAACCUCUCGUGCGACCUCCAACACCCAUUGUCAAUCCGCCCAUACCACCAUACCCAGCUCGUCCCCCAACUGAAGAUAUACUUCCAACAAGGAUGUCAAAACCACCCCCGACUCAGCUCGCACCAGCACCGAUACCUUCUUCAACCAGCGCGUCAACCUCUGCGCCCCCAGCCUCAGCUACAGCACCAGAACACCCUCCUUCAGGUCUCUUUGAGCCCUACGUACCCCCAGCUGCACAUCCCGCUCAUGCGUUGUACACGGAACACAAAGCUUCUGCGCCUGUCCGACCGCCGAUUUCAGAUCCUAUUAUCGUUAAGAAGAUGGAUCCGUAUGAAGAAGGUCUGGAUUUCGUGUUUUCGUUUGGCUUCCAAGCAGACGCUUAUCUUUGGUCUUGUUGUAUGUCGGUGGAUAUGGUGGGUUACGCCAAAACCCCAGUAUGUUUCACAGCGCUGCGGCUACGAGGUUUUUCUGAUCCCAUUCCAACAGUGGACGAAACUGAAGAUUUCCUUUCUUCAUUCAUACCUCCUGCUUCUGUUCCAUUACAAUCGCACAUCCUCGAGGCAUCUCCACCUCCAGCUACAGUACGCGUGAAACCUGAACCGCGGGACCUUUCCUUCGACUCAGCAGAGACUCUACCAGGUUCCGAUCCCACCCUCGAACUCCAGCAAGAGCUAGCUAGAUACUUCCAAGUCCAUCCAUCCGAGGAAAGCGAAUUGUCCAUGCAACCUGAUGUAACAGUCAAGGCGGAACCUCAAGACGGAAAUGAAGAGACCACCCAGCUGCCAGGACCUGAUCCCAGCGAUGAACUCCAUGCCCUCCUAGCUGAACAUCUAAAGCAAACUUCAGCAGUGGACUCCCUUGAAGCUGAAGAUUUCCUCUCUUCAGUCAUACCUCCCUCUGCUCCGUCCCAACCACAUACCCUCACGGCAGUUCCAGAACGUGUCGUUUCCCUUGACGAAACUCUAGCAGGCUCUGAUCCUGCCCUCGAACUUCUAGCUAGAUCGCUCCAGGCCCAUCCAUCCGAGACGCACAAUUCGUCCGGGCAACCUGAUGUAGUAAUGGUAAAGGCGGAACCUUCAGAAGCGAACGAAGGACUACCAGGAUCUGAUCCCAGCAAUGAAUUCCAUGCAGCCCGAGUUGGCUACCUACAGUCGCAACUCAAUCAAGAACUCCGUGACGUCUCGGUGAAAUCUGAACCUCAAGAAUAUCAAAUCAUGCCAACCACGAUCCACAGCUCAUCAAAACAGGAUCGUCGCUCAGUCUCUCGUCCAUCGCCCCCUUCUUCUCCAGCAUCGUAUCUGUUCCAAGAUAACAUCCCUCGCGAUCGCUCACGAUCCACAACACUAGCAACAGAUUUUGGCCGCUCGUCGCUGAAACGUGACACAGAACCAAGCAAAUUUAACGCCACUCCAAGUCGCGAUCGCUCACGAUCUGCAACGCUCGCAACGGAUUUUGGUGCCCCAGAAACUCAACUUCGCGGGCCUGGUCAAAGGUUGAAACGGGAACUUUCGCCUGAGCCAGAUCACAAGUCAGAGCCUCGCCGGCUAAGCCAGCCUACACCGUCAAGACCUAGGCCUCCACCUGUGCAGCCUUAUUUCUCUAGGGUGAGGACAACACAGAUGGGGAAUGCGAUGCGGAGUGGGGAGGCUGGGCCGAGCACUGGGACACAAACGAAGAGAAUCAGGACGGAAGAAAGUUGAUGUUUUGUUCAAGGAUUUCCGAAAGAUUUCUUCACUUCGAUCCUAAUUUUGCGAAGGACAGACAUGUAUAGAACCCUUCUGUACUAGUGACCAGAAUUUUUGACAGUGGCGAUGCGAAGCAA